AUGCUGAAGAAGGCGCUGAAGAUCAAAGGCGUUGAGGGCCGCACGGCACUCGUUGAGUUCGCCGUCAACAAGCGCGUCAAGUACCUCGAAUAUCUGAAGGAGUUGCACAGCGAGGAGGGGACGCUGUGGAUGAAUACGGUCCACCUCGACCUUCACGAGAUCGGAAAAUACUUUAACAUCGCCGAUGCCUGCCUCCCAACCGAUCGCGACGGCGCCAGCAAAGAGGGGCUCAUUCAGCUGCCUGCUGAGAAGCCAGUGACCGUUGCAGCAAGCGCGACAGGGGCGCUGGCGUCUUCGAGCAGCAGUGCCUCGGCCGUGCUUGGCGCAACGGGGGCCAACUUCAUCAGCGUCUCCAUCGCCAACGCCCCGGCGGCGAUUCAGCAGCGCAGCAGCUCGGCGGCGGACUGGGCGCGGUACUACCUUCCCUGCUACGCCGCGCUUGCCAUUUCGCUCUCUGAGAUACUUGUCAUCCCUAUUGGUGGGGAGGAGUUUGUGGAGUGCUUUUACGGGCUGCUGCUGGAGCUAGAGGUCGCGUACGCAAGCGGGGCGGCCUCGAAGGCGCUGGCGCAGCGCAACCUCCGGCAGUUCCGCCAGCACUUGUCACCAGGUCUCAAGUCACUCUUGCAGACAUCAACGGACGCAGAGACGCCUGAUGCGACGCCGGCGUUCCCGGUGCUGACUACCUCGUCCGACCUCGACGCGCAGGUCAAGUAUCUUUUUCUGAACCAGCGGCACCUCGAGUACACGGCAGCUUCUCCGUCCUAUGACGCUGUUAUUCCUGCGCUGUGCUCCGUCCUCAUGUUCUCCUACCGCAAACUCUGCGACUAUGAGGUGAUGAGAGAGGACGAGUGCGUGCGCCGCAUCCUCUCCAUCGACAAGCGACUCGAGCGGCUCUUCUUCGCCCACGUGAGCCAUGAGGUGGGAAAGAUAGCCAAGCAGAAACUUCUGCACGAGGCGUACAUCCUUUCUACUGGCGCCUUGUUUGCGGACCUCGUCGGCGCAUCGGGACGCAGUGGCACCAGCGGUGCCUCUGGCAUCGAUGGCGGAGCGGACUUUGUCGCGGACUUGCUCAUCCAGCAGCAGCAGGGCCGUGAACUGUCGAGUCCAACAGCCGCUGAGAAGAAAGAGUUCGACUCCUCCGACAAUGACGAGAACGAUGGAACCGUCUGGUUUGGCCCGAAAGAGGACCGGUGA